GACGCAUGGGCAUUCAUAUGUUGCAAGAUUUAAAGGCACAGCGAGCUUCGCGCGUUCAUGCAGAAGCGGCCAGCGAUCCUGAUCGAGUUUGCGAAGUCGGAGUCCAAAGACAAGUGCCACCUGUCCGACGAGACAGCGGCAGACAAGGAGCAGUUGGGCACCUUCCUGAAUCACUUCAUGCUCGUGCCCGGGUACAGCACGGAGGAUGUGCAUGACACGGAUUUGGGACUCCCCGAGCACUGUCAGGAGUUUAUGCAAGACAUGUGGCGCGCGGACGUAAAGCGAACCGUGGCCAGGGUGGCGGACGGGGAGGCGGAGUUGGAGAAGGAGCCUGGCGCAGUGGCGGGGAAUUCGUCAUUGGUCGAGGUGGUGUCUGAUGCCGCAGAGGGUGAGAGCUUCCGGGCGGAGGGCGGGGACACUGCAGAGACUGCCGAAGUUGUGUUCAUCCUGGUCUGCAUCGUCGUGUGCCUCGUGUGCCUGGUCUUUGGCGGGGGGCUCGCUGCGCUGGCAGUCGCCAGCUUGUCGGGUGAAAACCCCAGCUUCGCGGCCUUCUUCGUUUGUGGCGUGCUGAGCGGGCUGGUCUUCUUUGGCGCCUUUGCCAUGGCCUGGCCCGUGGGCGUUGCCGCCUUGGUGGGCGCGAUCGUGGUUGGUGUGGUGUUCGCUGCCUCAUCCCUGGAGAAGGGCGCGAAGGACGUGAAGCCUCACCAACUUUCUGCCCUCCAGCUAGCAGCGCUCAGCUCGUGAGCGCGUGCCGCGCAGUUGGCUGAAAGGAAAGGAUCGGUUUCGAGAAAAACAUGCGACCCGCGCUGAUUCGAGAGGCUCUUGGUGCACUGCGCCGGCGUGGCGCGGUAAGCGCUUCAUUUGGUCCCGCCUAGUGUGGAAAGCAGUCCCAACUCUUAGUGCCUGUAUACAUUGCCGAAGACAUCA